ACUCUGAUGUCGAACGAAGAAGACUCUCUUCCGGCAUUCACUUUGUUUGGUUUGGAUGAUGUUGAAAAUUACGGUCUGGUCACUGAAGCAGACAAUUCGUUACCUUUAGAUAUACACAAUCAGGUUUUUCAACUUGUGGAGAAGGGAAACCAAUCAUUCAAAGACUCUCGCUUUGAAGAGGCAAUUAGCAGUUAUUCAAAGGCCAAUUCUAUUAAACCUCUUGACCCUAUUGUUCUUGGCAAUAGAAGUGCUGCUUAUAUAAGAUUUGGCCAAUAUCUGAAGCAGAGAUCUGCAUCAACUUCUGAAUAUAAACCUCUGAAUGGUUUUGAUAUGUCGAUGCUUGGGGAACUUGCUCUUAAGGAUGCUGAUAAGCUGAUGAAUCUUCAAAGCAGUUCAGUGAAGUCAUAUACUACAAAGGCUUGUGCCCUUAUGUUGCUAGAAAGAUAUGAAGUAGCACGUGACACUAUCCUCUCAGGUCUACAGAUUGAUCCCUUUAGCGAUCCUCUCCGAUCCAAUCUUCAGGAAUUGGAGAAAGUAAUGCCUACUUCGAUGCGUAAAACCCAUGGAAAGGCUGAGCGGUCUGAUGACUUUGAUUGCACUGUUUGCUUGAAAUUGCUGUACGAACCUGCUACAACUCCAUGUGGGCAUACAUUCUGCCGAUCAUGCCUCUUUCAGUCAAUGGAUCGCGGCAACAAAUGUCCACUAUGUCGAACUGUCAUCUUUAUGACUCCAAGAACAUGCGCUGUCAGUGUGACACUGAAUAACAUCAUACAGAAAAACUUUCCAGAGGAGUAUGCUGAAAGGAAAUCAGAGCAAGACACUCUGGUCCACUUAGGCAAUGAAUGUAUGCCCCUUUUCGUCAUGGAUGUGAUCAUCCCCUGUCAGAAGUUGUCUCUUCACAUAUUUGAACCACGAUAUCGACUAAUGGUGAGAAGAAUAAUGGAAGGAAAUCAUCGGAUGGGAAUGGUAGCUCUUGAUUCUGCGACAGGUUCUCCAGUGGAUGUUGCUUGCGAAGUUGAAAUCACAGAGUGUGAUCCACUCCCGGAUGGACGUUUUGUCCUGGAGCUGGAAAGCCAUAGAAGGUGCCGCAUUGUAAAAGCUUGGGAUCAAGAUGGGUAUCGUGUUGCAGAGGUUGAAUGGGUGACAGAUAUACCACCACAAAGUGAGCAAGGGAAAGCAGAUCUGCGGGAACUGACGACCAGCGCAGCAUCAUUUGCUCGGUCAUGGCUAGAUAGAGCAAAGGAAGCGGCUAGACAAGGAGACAGAAGAAGACUUGAAAUACUUCUAAAUGUUGAAUCUAUGAUACCAACGCCUCAAGAUCCCGAACGCUUCAGUUUCUGGCUUGCUACAUUGACAGAUAGGAGACCUUCAGAAAGAUUGGAAUUACUUCGGCUUCAGGAUACUGGAGAGAGAAUAAAGCGCGGGCUGAUAUAUCUCCGAUCAGUAGAAAGAGGAUGCAGAAUGCAAUGAACUGGCAUCAUCAAGGCAUUGUAUUGCCGAUUAAACUACAGAGAUAAACUUGUUCAUAAGAAGGUUGACAAAAACAUUAUUCAUGAUUAAAGGAAUACAUAAGAU